CUAAAUUCUCCUUAUCCAACCAGGCGAGCCUAGAGAGAGAAAUUUUGUGGGCCCAAAGACCCAUUUAUACACGAAGAUGAGAGAAUGGCAGUCGUGUCGCCCUGCAGAGCCACAUACUCCCUUCUUGAAACCUCUCUCUAACAUUUCAUUUUCUCUCUCCUCUCAAACCCAACCAAUAUUCUCUCUCUUGGUCUGAGAACCCCAUGUCGCUCUCUGUAACAUAACAAUCUCUCUCUCUCCAUUUAUUUUCUGUCUCUAAUAAUCAGUCCACGACUUCUUAUUUAUAGGAACCGGUCAAUUCAUGGCUUCAGCUCUGGUUAUUUCCGUCCCUCGCUCGAUUACUCUUAAUUUAUGGACAUGGGUUCAUCAGAGGAAGUUGAAGAGAGAUAAAUUUUGGGUUUUCUUAAGGGCUUGUAACAGAAGAAUGGGCAUAAUCUCUUGGUGCAACCCCUCCCCACUUAACGAUGGCUCGGUUUUUUUGCCAAAGAAAAACCAGCUUGACUAUAAUCCAUCUGAGGACCUUCUUGGGCUUGAAGGAGAUCCACCAGCCAGGAGUAUUACCCUCAUUACACCUGAACCAAGGUCCUGGUUUGGACCCAACGGACAAUAUGUGAGGGAAUUGCCCUGCCCUAACUGUAGGGGUAGGGGUUAUACACCAUGUUCAGCUUGUGGAAUCGACCGGUCUAGGUUGGGUUGCUCACAGUGCAAUGGCAAGGGAAUGAGAACAUGCCUGCACUGCUCUGGGGACCGUGUGAUAUGGGAAGAGUCAAUUGAUGAGGUACCAUGGGAAAAAGCACGUUCCAGUUCUCCCCUGAAAGUCAAGGAAGAUGAUGAGGUUGACAAUCUUGAUAUCAAAUUAGCCAAGACAAGAUCAAAACGUGUGUACGCAUCACUAUCACCAGAAGUUAGGCAGAAGAUCAGGCGGUCUCUAAAAAUUCUUAAUGAGAAAACGGGAAUAUUUAGCAAAAGAAUGAAGAAUCUUCACCGAGAUCCGAUUCUACGUGCUCAAAGAAUAGCUGCAAUUAAGAGGGCAAAGGGGACUGCUGCGGCAAGGAAGCGGGCAUCUGAAACUUUGAAAGUGUUCUUUAGCAAUCCGGAGAACCGCCUCAAGAGGAGCAUUGCCAUGAAAAAUGCAAAAUUUUACUGUAAAAUCUGCGGAAAGGAAGGGCAUAGAAGGCAUUAUUGUCCCUCUUUGAAGGGCCGGUCGGAGGAUUUCAGGUACAGGUGUAGCCUAUGUGGGGAUCGGGGACACAACAGGAAAACAUGUGGGAAACUGAGGGCAGCGCUUCACCCCCAGGAAGCAGGUAACGAGGAGUAUAAUUGUAGCAUUUGUGGUGAGUCCGGGCAUAAUAGUAGAACAUGUCCUAGGGGGAGAGAGACUGAAGUGGGCGAUCGGGAGUACAAUUGUAGUAAAUGUGGUGAGAGUGGGCAUAACAGUAGGACUUGUCCCAGGGGACAAGAUGUAGGAGGUGAUGGGGAGUACAAUUGUAGCAUUUGUGGUGAGACUGGGCAUAAUAGCAGGACAUGUCCUAGAGGGCGAGAUGAUGAAGGGGGUGAGAGCAGGCAUAACGGCACGGCAAGUUAUAGAGGAGGAGAUGAAGAAGGGGGUGAUGGGGAGUACAAUUGUAGCAUUUGUGGUCAGAGUGGACAUAAUAGUAGGACAUGUCCUAGAGUACGAGAUGUUGGGGAGGGUGAUGGGGAGUACAGUUGUAGUAUAUGUGGUGAAAGCAGGCAUAAUAGUAGAACAUGUCCUAAAAGGCAAGAGGAUGAAGGGGGUGACGGGGGGUACAAUUGUAGCAUUUGUGGUGAGAGUGGGCACAAUAGUAGAACAUGUCCUAAAGGGAGAGAGGAGGAAGGGGAAGGAGGUGAUGGGGAGUACAAUUGUAGUAUCUGUGGCCAGAGUGGGCAUAAUAGUAGAACAUGUCCUAGAGGACAAGCAAAUGAAGGGGGUGAUGGGGAGUACAAUUGUAGCAUUUGUGGUGAGACAGGGCAUAAUAGUCGAACAUGUCCUAGAGGGGAAGAUAAUGAAAGGGGUGUGAGCAGUCAUAAUUCUAUGAGUUCUAGAAGUGGAGAUGAUGAAGAGGGUGAUGGGGAGUACAAUUGUAGCAUUUGUGGUGAGACUGGACAUAAUCGCCGGACAUGUCCUAAAGGGCGAGGCAUUGAAGGGGGUGACGGGGAGUACAAUUGUAGUAUAUGUGGUGAAAGUGGUCAUAAUAGUAGGACAUGUCCCAGAGUACGAGAAAAUGAAGGGGUUGACGGGGAGUACAAUUGCAGCAUCUGUGGUGAGACAGGGCAUAAUAGUCGAACAUGUCCUAAGGGGAGAGAGGGGGAAGUGGGUGAUGGUGAGUACAACUGUAGCAUUUGUGGUGAGACCGGGCAUAAUAGUAGAACAUGUCCUAGAGGGAGAGGGAAGGAAGGAGGCGAUGGGGAGUAUAAUUGUAGUAUUUGUGGGGAGAGUGGGCAUAAUAGUAGGACAUGUCCUAGAGGACAAGGAGUUCAGACAGGUGAUGGGGAGUACAACUGUAGCAUUUGUGGUGAGACCGGGCAUAAUAGUAGAACGUGUCCAAAAGAGAGACAGGGUGAAGGGGGUGAUGGGGAGUACAACUGUAGCAUUUGUGGCGAGACUGGGCAUAACCGCAGGACAUGUCCUAAAGAGAAAGACAUUGAAGGGGGUGAUGGGGAGUACAAUUGUAGCAUUUGUGGUGAAAGUGGGCAUAACAGUAGAACAUGUCCUAAAGGGGGAGAGGAAGGAGGAGGUGAUGGGGAGUAUACCUGUAGUAUCUGUGGUGAGGUCGGACAUAAUCGGAGGACAUGUCCUAGAGGGCCAGGUGCUAAAGGGGGUGAUGGGGAGUACAAUUGUAGUAUUUGUGGUGAGACUGGGCAUAACAGGAGAACAUGCCCUAAAGGGGAAGAGAUUAAAAGGGGUGAUGGCGAAUAUAAUUGUAGUAUAUGUGGUGAGACUGGGCAUAAUAGAAGGACAUGUCCUAGAGUUAGAGAAGUUGAAAGUGUUGAUGGGGAGUACAAUUGUAGUAUAUGUGGUGAGAGUGGGCAUAAUAGUAGGACAUGUCCUAGAGGAAAAAACGUCGAAAGUGGCCGAUCAAGUGAUUCUGUUCAACAGGAGGAAACAGGUCAUAGGGAUUACAAUUGUAGCAUAUGUGGUGAGAGUGGACACAAUAGUAGGACAUGUCGUACAGAGAGAGGGGCUAAAAGGGAUUGCGGGGAGGCUGAGCCCAGUGGAUCAGUUCACUCUAUGAAAAGAGGUCAUAGGCGAUCAUUGUAGGACAUGUUGACAGUGGGCCCAAUUUUAGGACAUGCCCUGGAGAGAGAAAAGUGGAACUGGUAAUCAGGGGGAACCUAGGAUUAAACUUGGUACAUGUAGUAGAGAGAGAAAGUGAACUGGUGAUUAGGGGGGAACUCAUGAUUGGAAUUGGAGCUGGUGAUUUAGAAGAACUCUAGAUUGAAAUGCUUGGCUGAUUCUUCCAAGAUGUGUUUGCUUGAAGCUCAUGAUUCCCCAACAAGACCAAGUUCAAAAACUGGUUGAGGUUGUAUGAUCGCCCUUUGAUAUUAUUAUCACUAAUUAAUUCAGUUAUUUAUCAUAGUUAUUUAUUUGGUUGAGAGUAAACAAAUAAAGUCACAUCAUUUUUCUUCUGAACAUUCGCAAGAAAAAUCGGAUGGGUAAUGGGGUGACUUCUAGAAAACUCGUAGUUCCUGUGUACUCAUGUAGCAAACUUAUUAGCAGUAUUAUUGUCAGUGUUGUUUAGAUUCACUUCAUGUAGCAACUUAUUAGCAGUAUUAUUGUCAGUGUUGUUUAGAUUCACUUCAUGUAGCAAACUUAUUAGCAGUAUGAUUCACUUCAUGUAGCAAACUUAUUAGCAGUAUUAUUGUCAGUGUUGUUUAGAUUCA